GUGUGAGAAAUGUGUGAACCCAAUGAAAAUGUUUAAACACAUUCGCAAGAGAUGGGGAACAGAGAACUUCAAGCAGGUCGAGAAAAACUGUAACACAACGCUACCUGAGGUACAAAGAAAUAAGAAUAUUUUUAAUAGAAAUGAUCCAAAUUGAAUAGCCUAUAUAUAUGAGAACAAAUCUAGAGGUAUACGGAGUAGUGAAAGUACCAGCAAAAGCACAUCUAUCAGCAAAAUCACUGUGGACCAAUAGGAGCCGACAAUAGAGGGCAGUAUUACAUAACUCUCACGCUUUGCCAGCUCUAUAAAAGACGUCCCCUGCAUCCCAAAAGGACACACAGCUUUCCCUCCAGGAGAACCACACAGACUGCACCAACCAGCUCAGCUGCUCAAACUCCAAAGAAAGAAGAACUAAACCAUCAAGAUGCCAACUAAAGUUCAGAUCACUCAAGCCCCUAAGGUGCACAAGUGCAAAAAUCAACAUUACACAGAUGUGCAUGGCUUGCCAUGUAUUGAAAAGAUUGUGUGUUCAGUCGAUGAGACGCCAGAGCCUAUGCAAACAGUCAUCCAUGGGACCAUUCCAACCUGGAUCAAGGGCAACUUCCUUAGGAAUGGCCCAGGAAAGUUUGAAAUCGGAAACAACAACUUCAACCAUUGGUUUGAUGGCAUGGCUCUGCUGCACCAGUUUAAGAUUGAGAAUGGUCAGGUGACGUACAAGAGUCGCUUUCUCACCAGCGACUGCUACAAGGCCAACACAGAGAACGACCGCAUCGUCGUUUCCGAGUUUGGCACGGUGGCCAUGCCGGAUCCCUGCAAAAACUUCUUCCAGCGUUUUCUGUCACGCUUCGAUAUGCCAAAGCCCACUGACAAUGCAAGUGUGAGUUUUGUCCAGUAUAAGGGAGAUUACUAUGUCAGCACUGAGACUAACUUCAUGCACAAAGUGAAUCCAGAAACCCUCCAGGCCACUGAGAAGGUGGACUGGAGCAAGUUCAUUGCUGUCAAUGGAGCCACAGCACAUCCACAUAUGGAUCCUGAUGGGACUACGUACAACAUGGGGAACUCCUACACCGCUAAAGGGGCAUUUUACAACAUUAUCUGCGUGCCUCCUGAGAAAUCUACUCCAUCAGAUACUCUAGAGGGCGCCAGAGUCAUUUGUUCCAUCCCAUCGGUGGAUAAGACCAAACCCUCAUACUACCACAGCUUUGCGAUGACUGAGAACUACGUAGUGUUUAUCGAGCAGCCCAUUAAAAUGGAUUUGCUGAAGAUCAUCACGGGUAAUCUGAGAGGAAAGGGCAUCAGUGAGGGAGUCUACUGGGAUCCUAAACAUGACACCAUCUUCCAUUUGAUCAACAAGCACACUGGAAAGCUGAGCCAAGUCAAGUACCACACCAAGGCUCUGUCCACCUUCCAUCAGAUCAAUGCCUUUGAGGAGAAUGGAUUCUUGGUGAUGGACAUGUGCUGCUCGGAUGACGGCAAGGCCAUCAACAACUACAUGGUUCAGAACCUGCGCAAGUCAGGAGAAGCUCUGGAUGAGGUGUACAACACAAUGUGCAGAGUAUUCCCCAGGCGCUUUGUUCUGCCUCUGAGUGUGAACGAGACACCUUGUGGAGAAAACCUGAACAGAAGACCAGACAGCCCAGCUACAGCUAUCAAGACAGCCAAAAAUCGGGUUGACUGCACACAUGAAGAUCUUCAUGGGGAUGAUCUGCAUGAAUAUGGUGGACUAGAAUUCCCACAGAUCAACUACGCAAAGUGCAACACUCGUCCUUACCGCUACUACUACGGCUGUGGCUUCCGACACCUAGUUGGAGAUUCCCUCAUCAAGAUGGACCUGGAGGGGAAGAAAAUGAAAGUGUGGCAGCAGGCUGGCUUCUACCCUUCUGAACCUGUGUUUGUACCAACACCUGAUGCAACAGAGGAAGACGAUGGAGUCAUUUUGUCAGUGGUCAUCACUCCAAAUGAGGACAAGGGCACGUUCCUGCUUGCCUUGGAUGCCAAGUCUUUUGAAGAGCUGGGCAGAGCAGAGGUGCCUGUGAACAUCCCCUAUGGCUUCCAUGGCACUUUCAACGCUACCAACUAAAAAAAAAAACAGACUGAAAAACGAUAGCAGCCCACACACAAAUGACAAGCUUUGUGACAAAUUUGAGACAGCAAGCAAACGAGAGCAGAUUAAAAAGAACAGAAUGAGUCUCAUUGAAAAUACAAUCCAUUCUUUAUAUUCAUGGAUGAUUUGAGUGGUUUGAGUGAUUGAUUGGUGUUUGAGUGAAGGAAUGUGGAAGGAGAGUGACAGAAGAGUAAUGUAUUGGUUGGCCACAUAGUCCUAAUGUUUUAGUUUGUUUUCAUUUAAAUAUUGUAUAUUUCUGUAUCAUAAACAUUUUAUUUUGUACAGUAUUAUAAAUAAUGAAAUGUUACAGUAUGGUGUAUAUUUUUGUCAAGUUUAGUUUUUAUUUACAGAAAUAUUAGAAUAAAUAACACAACUUCACCAUGAGAUCUCUAUUUAAGUCAUAGAACUAUUAUUCAAGAAGAACAUUCGGGGUCAGGGUGGAGUUGA